AUGACGGGAGAGCCCGUGAAGCGUGGCUUCUUAGGAGCUACUCUGGACUACGCUGGAUCACGAUAUGUAAACGCAGGUCCAGAACAAUGCAGCUACACAACACAAGCAGUCCAGAUCCCUAUGUCAGACGGAGUAAAGCUCGCAGCCGACUUCUACGACCCAGAACUACAGGACAGUCAAAAGCCGCUCGGCUUGAUCAUGGUCCAAUGUUGCUACGGCCGAGGUGCAGGGAUUUCCUUCCUCAACGCGCGUGUCUUCGUCGCUCGUGGCUACCGAGCCCUUUUCGUUAGCACACGGGGCACCCACGGCUCCGAAGGAACCUUUAGUCCCGGAAUUAACGAAGCAAGCGAUAGCCAGGAUAUCGUUAAGUGGAUGCGUCAGCAAUCCUGGUAUCCUGGUACGUUUGCGACCAUGGGAGCAUCGUAUCUAGGAUACAGCCAGUGGGCACUUUUGCGCGAUCCGCCGGCGGACUGUGUCGCUGCCGUUAUUCCCGUUGGGCCGCAUGAUCUGGCGUUGCAUGUCUGGAAGACUGGAUCUUUUCGUCUGGAUCGGGCUUCUUGGAGUGACUCUAUGGCCACACCAGAAGAGGAGCGUGGAAGCUUUCUCGGGCGACUCUCGAAGUUACCAGGCCUAAGUUUCUUAUCGUCUUCGGGGUUGGAGAAGGCCAUAGCGGGCUUGCCGCUAGAGGCUAGUCUUCAAGAAUACUUCAAGGAUAGGGCUCCUUGGCUCUUUGAUUAUUUGGCUCACCCUGAUGUUGAUGAUCCCUACUGGAUCACGAAACGGCAGCAGGCUGCUCUUGAGAGUGCUACCAUCCCCAUCUUGUUGGUUAGUGGCUGGUAUGAUGCAUUUGAGCCGCAGACGAUGCAGCAAUACAAACGUUUGUCUGAAAGGGGUGUGGACGUCAGCCUUGUUGUCGGUCCCUGGACCCAUAUACAAGGAUGUGGUCUGCGUUCUAUACCUGAGACCAUGGACUUCUUCGCGCAGCAUCUAGCUAAGACUGGAGAAUACGGCCGGUCUCGAGCUCGCAUAUUCGUCACUGGCGCCGAAGAGUGGCGCUCGAUGCCUACCUGGCCUCCCAACACCGAGUCAAAAAUGUUGUAUUUACAAGAUGCGACUGGCCUCGACUCAGAGCUACCUGCACAGGAUGUAGCUCCAGCGUCCUUCAUCUUCGAUCCUCGAGACCCGACCCCUAGCAUUGGUGGCAGCCAACUGUUUGCUGGCGGACGAGUCGACGACAGUAUCUACGGUGGUAGAUCUGAUGUCCUAGCCUUCACUAGCCAAACUCUGUUAGAGGACCUAGAGGUUCUUGGGGCCCCGUCCGUCCAGCUCUCACAUUCAAGUGACCCGCCCUUUGCAGAUUUGUUCCUACGACUGAGUGAAGUGGACAGCAAUGGCGUUUCCCACAACAUCAGCGAAAUGUAUCAGGCGCUUGAUCCGACGCGCGAUACGUCUCGGUCUCUACACCUGGAUCUAACGGACUGCGCUCAUCGAUUCAAAGCCGGCACACGGAUUCGACUAAUCGUUGCUGGCGGGUCGUUCCCCAUGUAUGCGCGAAACUUGGGGACCGAAGAAGAUCGUGUGCGAAGCGACAAAACAAUUAUUCAAACACAUAAGAUCACAAUAGCUGCUGGAGUUUCGCGGCUCAUUCUUCCUGUCAGUGUUCCUGUUUGA